CUCUCUCCUCUCUCUAUAAAGAGAUGAGCGGAAGAAGAGGGAACAGACAAGUGCGACAGUGUCUGUUAGCGGUUAGCUCGUACACACCUUCUACAACAGAGAUAACCGUCAGAAAGAAGGAACUGGCUAACGUCCCUGCUGCCUUUGCUUUGAUGUUUUAGUCUAAAUGGAUGAACAGAGCGAAGGGGAGCAUGUGCUUACGGGUCUAGAUGAGGAGGCGAUUGUUGACCACGGAAAGACCAGCUUCACCACUCACACAAACUAUGAAAAGGAAGAUUUGGAAAGCCACAGAGCAGUGUAUGUAGGCGUCCAUGUUCCUCUUGGAAGGGAGAGCAAACGGAGGCAUCGCCACCGAGGACACAGACACCACCGAAAGAAGAGAGAGAGAGACUUUGAGGAGGGGAAAGAAGAUGGCAGGGAAUCCCCCACAUAUGACACACCAUCCCAGCGGGUCCAGUUCAUCCUCGGUACAGAGGAUGAUGACCUCGAACACGUCCCCCAUGACCUCUUCACUGAGCUGGACGAGCUCUCCUUCAGAGAUGGCAGGUCCACUGAAUGGAAGGAGACUGCCAGAUGGCUGAAGUUUGAAGAAGAUGUGGAAGACGGUGGGGAGAGGUGGAGUAAGCCCUAUGUGGCUACGUUGUCACUACACAGUUUAUUUGAACUGCGUAGCUGCAUACUCAACGGCACAGUCAUGCUGGAUAUGAGGGCCAACAGUAUCGAGGAAAUUGCGGACAUGCUGAUAGACAGCAUGGUGGCAUCAGGCCAGCUGAAGGAUGAUUUGCGUGCCAAGGUGCGGGAAGCCAUGCUGAAGAAACACCACCACCAGAAUGAAAGAAAGCUCAGCAAUCGCAUCCCUCUGGUGCGCUCCAUUGCUGACAUAGGCAAGAAACAUUCUGACCCACUCUUGCUUGAAAGAAACGGAGAGGGCCUGUCCUCUUCGCGUCUCUCUCUCCACAAGCCAGGGGCAGCUUCCUCUGUGUCCAACCUCUCCCAGAGACGAGAGUCCAGAGUCUCCAUCCUGCUCAACCAUCUCCUGCCCUCUUCUUCCUCCAACAGUGGGCACUCCCCAGGCCCCUCAUCCCUCACCAUCCCUCAAAAUACCCCCGCUUCCUUCUGGUGCUCCUCCCAAAGCCCGACACGCACCCAUGGUGCAGGCCUUGGCCCUCAAGGCAUCCCUGAGGUGGUAGUGUCACCUCCCGAUGAUGAUGAUCCGCUGAACUCUGCAGAAGAAGAGGCAGCAUCACCACAGCUCAGCCGACGAGCAUCCUCGGCAUCCCAGGGCCUCGAGCUGCUGCCCUUAGAAGGGCCACUGGUGUCUCCGAACUCUGUACCAAACAAUCUAGAUGGCAGCAAAGCAGUGGAGAGGAGGCCUUCCAAAGUAGGGGUCAGUAGAGAAAGCAGCAGUGUCGACUUCAGCAAGGUGGACAUGAAUUUCAUGAAAAAGAUUCCUCCAGGUGCUGAGGCAUCCAAUGUACUCGUGGGAGAAGUGGACUUCCUGGAGAAGCCCAUAAUUGCCUUUGUACGACUGUCCCCUGCAGUCCUUAUCACAGGCCUCACAGAGGUGCCUGUGCCCACAAGGUUUCUGUUCCUGCUUUUGGGUCCUCAUGGCAAAGGGCCCCAGUACCAUGAGAUUGGCAGAUCGAUGGCUACACUAAUGACAGAUGAGAUCUUCCACGAUGUGGCAUACAAGGCCAAAGACCGAACGGAUCUCCUCUCGGGGAUAGAUGAGUUCCUUGAUCAAGUGACUGUCCUGCCUCCUGGAGAAUGGGACCCCACAAUCCGGAUUGAGCCCCCCAAGAAUGUCCCAUCUCAGAUGAAGAGGAAGAGACCAUCCCAGCCCAACGGCACAGCGUCUCCAGCUGGAGAGCUGGAAAAGGAGGAGGACCAUCAUGCAGGGCCUGAGCUGCAGAGGACCGGGAGGAUAUUCGGAGGACUGGUCCUGGACGUCAAGCGGAAGUUACCGUUCUACUGGAGUGACAUCAGGGACUCCUUCAGUCUGCAGUGUCUGGCCUCCGUUCUUUUUCUCUACUGCGCCUGCAUGUCUCCUGUCAUCACCUUUGGAGGUCUGCUUGGGGAGGCAACAAAAGGCAACAUAAGUGCCAUAGAGUCUCUAUUUGGGGCCUCACUGACAGGCGUGGCAUACUCCCUCUUCGCAGGCCAGCCCCUCACUAUUCUCGGCAGCACAGGCCCUGUUUUAGUGUUUGAGAAAAUCCUCUUCAAAUUCUGCAGUGACUACGGCCUCUCCUACCUGUCGCUGCGGACCAGCAUUGGUCUGUGGACAGCCUUCCUGUGUCUGGUCCUGGUGGCCACAGAUGCUAGCUCCCUGGUCUGCUAUAUCACCCGAUUUACAGAGGAGGCCUUCGCUGCCCUCAUCUGCAUCAUCUUCAUCUACGAGGCUCUAGAGAAGCUCUUUCACCUGGGAGAACACUACCCUGUCAACAUGCACAACAACUUGGACAAUCUUACCCUGUAUUCGUGUCAAUGCUCUCCGCCAUUCAAUGCCUCGGAUAAUCUUGUGCAGGACUGGAACCAGACAGGAUACAGCCCAGACUCUAUCCCUUGGAGCAGCCUCAAUGUUUCAAUGUGUAAGAGUCUCCAUGGGGAAUUCCUGGGUCCUGCCUGCGGUCACCAUGGGCCCUACAUCCCAGAUGUUCUCUUCUGGUCCAUUAUCCUCUUCUUCACCACCUUCUUCCUAUCCGCCUUCCUUAAGCAGUUCAAGACGGAGAGAUAUUUUCCCACCAAGGUGCGAUCCACUAUCAGCGACUUUGCUGUGUUUAUAACCAUCAUGAUCAUGGUGUUGGUGGACUAUCUAAUGGGGAUCCCCUCUCCUAAACUAAAUGUCCCUGACCGUUUUGAGCCAACUUCAAAGAACCGAGGCUGGCUGAUGGACCCGUUAGGAGAAAAUCCCUGGUGGACGCUGCUGGUGGCGGCACUUCCUGCCCUGCUCUGCACCAUCCUCAUCUUUAUGGACCAGCAGAUCACUGCAGUCAUCAUCAACCGAAAGGAGCAUAAGCUCAAGAAAGGCUGUGGCUAUCACCUGGACUUGCUGAUAGUGGCAAUUAUGCUGGGUGUGUGCUCCAUCAUGGGCCUGCCCUGGUUCGUGGCUGCAACCGUACUCUCCAUCUCCCACGUUAACAGCCUGAAGGUGGAGUCUGGCUGCUCCGCUCCGGGAGAGCAGCCCAAGUUCCUGGGCAUCCGGGAGCAGCGGGUCACUGGAUUCAUGAUCUUUGUCCUCAUGGGUUGUUCUGUUUUCAUGACAUCAGCGCUCAAGUUUAUUCCUAUGCCAGUCCUGUAUGGCGUCUUUCUCUACAUGGGUGUCUCCUCCCUCAAAGGCAUUCAAUUCUUUGACAGAAUCAAGCUGUUCGGCAUGCCUGCCAAGCACCAGCCUGAUCUGAUCUAUCUGCGUUAUGUGCCGCUGUGGAAGGUCCACAUCUUCACCCUUGUGCAGCUCACCUGCUUGGUGCUGCUCUGGGUCAUCAAGGCCUCUGCAGCAGCUGUUGUGUUUCCCAUGAUGGUUCUGGCACUGGUCUUCAUCCGGAAGCUUCUAGACUUUUUCUUCACCAAGAGAGAGCUGAGCUGGCUGGAUGACCUGAUGCCAGAAAGCAAGAAAAAGAAAGAGGAUGACAAGAAAAAGAAAGCACGCCAGAAGCUGGAAGCACAGUCCAUACUGCACCACGAAGAGGAGAUGGAACUGAAGGUCAGCUUUGAAGACUCAAACCUGCUCAACAUCCCAGUGAAAACACUCUCAGGGAGUUCUGAUUCUGACCCCUUGGUUGUAAAUAUCUCUGAUGAAAUGGACAAAACCGCAGCGUGGAAAGCAGUGAACUCGAGUGCAGAGUCAUGUGCCCAACCUGUGAAGCGUAGCGAAAGCCAGGAGAAGGUGGCCUGCGUUAGAGUCGACGUCAGCCCAGAAACACCAGGAGGGGGUUCCACUUCCGAGACCUUCCUGUGAUAAAGGGAGGCCCCCCUUAGCCUCCUGAUACCUUCUCCCACUCAACACUUUCCCCCACUAAACAAGCACCAUCUUAGUGGCAAAGGGGGCAUAGAACUGGAGCAGCAUAACCUGCCUGCAGCGUUCCCUUCUUCAGGGCAGCAGGCGAGCUCCCCCAGGGCUGUGAGCCCUACUCCACUCGAGUCUUGAAGUGUGCAGCACAUGUACGAAUGGCUGCAGUGAUGCACUGUUGAGCGCACAUUCUCCGACGAAUGAAGGAUUUCUGCUGUUACUGCCCACCGACGCUCACUGUUUAGGAACUCUCUCAAUCUAGCAAUUUGUCAACCAAUAAAACCACAGAUGCCAAAGGAACGGGCCUCACUGGUGGGGAUCUUGGACAGUGUGAAUUAAUUUUACCUUUUAACCCCCUGUACAUUUUAAUUUCAAUUUUACUGUUAUUGUUUUAGCUGGUCACAGUACUGUAUAUUUUGGGUCCUUUUUUGUAGCUCAUACGAACUGAGCUGUCAUGCACUGUUUGUUUCCAUGUAUUUUAGGUCCGAUUAAGACCUUCCACCUAACUACGCCGGCUUCAAAAACUGACUAAAGCCAUGCAGGUACUGUCACUGCCAGUUGAUCAUAAGUCUGGCACAAUAAACGACACAAACCAAAACAGAGGUACAUUCAGAUAAUACUACUUCUACUUCUACUACUACUACUACUAUUACUACUACACUAUUGCUACAUAAAUCUUUGUACAAUUUGCUCAAGAAUCAUCUCUGCUGUCUGCAGGGGAACACUCAGUAUUGAUAUUGCUGCUCAUAAGUUGGUCAGUUGUUUUCACUGUAAACCUCACUGUUCAUAUUGUAUGUGAUAUAGAAAUGUCAUUAUGUAUGUAUUUAUGUAAACUGUUUUCUUUUCAUUCAUACCAAUAUAGAAAACCUGCUUCAGAGGCCAUAUGAAGUCUGUACUGUACAGAAAGCACUUUGCCAGUAUAGUUUCUUACCUAAAAUGGAUUAUAGAGUAUUAAUAAAAAGGUUACUUCUCCUCCCAUCCUAUCUAUAGAGCUGUUGUUCAAAUGUCAGUUAAACAACUCAGGAAUCUUGAAGGAUUUCUGACUGUGGGCACUUGAUAUUUUCUUGUCACAGAGCAGUGAUAAUUAACGGUCCACUAUUCCUUUCAUCACUGGUAUCACAAGUAUUUUAAUAAAUGCUGUAAAUCAUAAAAUAUAGUAAGGUGCAAAAUAAAAAAGAGAAUAUUUGUGACGCCAGUUAGUUGCACCUGUUUUUAUACAGUCUGUAUUAUUGUCGGUAAUAGUGUGUGUGGUGUAAAAAUAAUUUGGUAUGUUUAGCGUUGCAAAUCAUUUUAUGCAAAAUAUUUCUACAGUAAAUGUAAAAACUAUUAUAUGAAGUUGUUUUUAUUUUGUGCAGUCCUGUUUUAGCAAUAAGUAUCCCCAUACUGUGCAAUGUAUGGACUCAUGAACCUAGCUAAUAUUCAGGCAAAGAAUAAUUUGUGAAAUUAUUUUCUGUCUGUUUCAUCGGCUCCGUCUGUGUGUAGCUGCAGUGACUAUACGGACAAAAGCUUACGUGCCUUGUCGAAGCUCUUUAUGUGCAAGUCUUGUACUGAUAAUGUAAGUGUUCAGAACAGAUGUACAGGUACACACAAACACACACACACGGUGGCACACAAACGCCAAAGACAGACCCAUCAUUACUUUACAGGAGUGAACCAGUACACGGCUCAUUUGCGGGGGCUUAUGUCUGUCGUAGUGUUAUUCCACGUCUGUGUGAAAGUCGUAGUCUGAGCCGCUGACUCAAAACGAUGUUACUCAGUUUAUCUUCCAUUUGCAAAUGUUACUCUGAAUACUGUUCCUGUGUGUGGUCUACUGUCACAGCUCUAGUAUUUGCUCACAACAAAAAAUCUCUGUAAUCUAUAUUAAGGUACUGUUUUUUUUAAAUAAGUGAAUGUCAAAUUGUUGUACUGUCAACAUCAAAAAUGAAAUAUGACAUCUAUUUUCUAACAAAAUCUUAAGUUUGAAUUCAGCCACAAAUAUUUAACAAGUUCUUUCCAUACACAUAUAUUUGAUAUAAAAAUGUGAGUUGUCUGAUCAGUGGAAUCAUCACAAUAUAGUGAACAUCUACGAACUAAGUACUUAUAAUUACGUAAUAAUAUUGUUUAUUUUGAUGAAAAAUACGCUAUUUUCACAUGACAUCAGUUCCAAUAUAAAUAUAAAUAUAUAUGUGUGUUUUAGAGCUGGAUAAACUUUGUCAUCAAAGAGGUUGAGAUUUUACCCUCCAUCACUCCAACAUCACUAAGUAAAAAUGCAUUUGUUCUGAUGUACAGACACAACAUCGGUGAAGCAUAUAGCAUCCUGUUGUUAGUUUGACUGAUGACUUCUCUGUCAUUGCAGAUUGGUGCAAAGCAAUAAAGUGAAUACAUGGUGA